AUGAUCAGUCUUGUCCAGCGUGCCUCAAAGCAGUGCCUAGUGCACACUGCUCGAGGCUCGCUGCGACGAGUAUGCCCUACCACAAACAUGGUACUGACCUGCCGGUGGGCGCACAAUUCUGUGCCAUUCUAUUCACCGGCAUCGACGAAGCAGACGGCCGCUCAGGCCGUGGAUACGACGGGUCUUGAUCGCUGGCGCCGUUUUCUCCCAGAAAAUCCGAAAGCUGAUGUGCGCAAGGUGCUCCUGGUCGGCUCAGGAGGCCUAAGCAUCGGCCAAGCCGGUGAAUUUGACUACAGUGGGUCUCAGGCCAUCAAGGCCCUUCGCGAGAGCGGAAUUGAGACUAUUUUGAUCAAUCCAAACAUUGCUACCAUUCAAACGAGUCAGGAACUUGCAUCAAGGAUUUACUUUCUUCCCGUAUCUCCUGAUUACGUGGCGUACGUGCUGGAGCGCGAGCGUCCGGAUGGUAUUUUCCUCAAUUUUGGCGGCCAAAGCGCGCUAAACGUAGGAGUCAAGCUGGACGAAAUGGGUGUGCUGGAGCGUCUCGGUAUCCAGGUACUCGGCUCGCAACCAGAUGUCUUGCGAAUGUGCGAAGACCGUGAUUUGUUUGUCCAGGCGCUUGACGAGAUCCAGAUUCCUGUCGCCCGUAGUGAGGCUGUUUCGACUGUCAAGGAGGCACUUGAUGCUGCUAAAAACAUUGGGUACCCCGUUAUCGUGCGUGCAGCGUAUGCACUCGGUGGUCUUGGCUCUGGAUUUGCUGACAGUGAAGAAGAAUUGCGUGAUCUCAGCGCUCGCUCACUGAGUCUUUCGCCUCAAAUCCUAGUGGAAAAGAGUCUACGUGGCUGGAAGGAGAGCGAAUACGAAGUGCUGCGGGACCAGCAGGACAAUGCUCUGAUCUGCUGUAACAUGGAAAACUUUGAUCCGCUCGGAAUCCACACCGGCGACUCCAUCGUCGUGGCACCAAGUCAGACGUUAUCUGACGACAACUACCAUAUGCUGCGUAGCGCUGCACUCAAGGUUAUCCGGCAUCUUGGUAUUGUGGGCGAAUGUAACAUUCAGUAUGCCCUGAGCCCAGACAGUCGUGAGUAUCGUGUGAUUGAAGUCAACCCCCGUCUGUCCCGCUCAUCUGCGCUCGCGUCCAAAGCGACAGGGUACCCAUUGGCCUACACUGCUGCGAAGCUGGGUCUGGGCUACACACUGCCGGAGCUUCCAAAUGCCGUAACCAAGACAACAACGGCAUGCUUUGAGCCAUCGUUGGACUAUAUCGUGACCAAGAUGCCUAAAUGGGACCUGUCCAAGUUUCAGCAUGUGAAGCGUGAUAUCGGUUCGAGUAUGAAGUCGGUCGGUGAAGUCAUGGCUAUCGGCCGCACAUUUGAAGAGUCAUUACAAAAAGCUGUUCGUCAAAUUGCUCCAAAUUAUGCGGGCUUCGACGCGUACGUCUGUCCUGAUGAUCUCGACGAGGCACUUCGUGUUCCAACCGACACGCGGCUGUUUUCCAUUGCCUACGCCAUGCUUGUAAAGAACUACGACGUUGAGCGGAUUCAUGAGCUGACUAAAAUUGACCGCUGGUUCCUCUUCAAGCUCGACAACAUCGUGCAAACCCAUCGCCAUCUGGAAGAUCGCGGCUCGCUACAAAACGUCGAUCACGAGCUUAUGCGCACAGCUAAGCAACGUGGUUUUUCAGACGUGCAAAUUGCUCGUCUCGUAAACAGCACCGAGGCAGAGGUACGUGCUGCACGCAAGGCCAUGCACAUUACGCCAUUUGUCAAACGGAUUGAUACAGUGGCGGCAGAGUAUCCUGCGCAAACCAAUUACUUGUACACAACCUAUAAUGCAAGCACCCAUGAUGUUGAAUUUGACGAGAAUGGUACGAUGGUGCUGGGCUCUGGUGUAUACCGCAUUGGCUCUUCCGUCGAGUUUGAUUGGUGUGCAGUGACAUGUGUCCGCCGACUCAAGAAGCUCAAGCACAACACAAUUAUGAUCAAUUACAACCCCGAGACGGUGUCUACAGAUUAUGACGAGGCGAAUCGCCUGUACUUUGAAGAGCUUGGUUUCGAACGAGUCAUGGACAUUUAUGAACUAGAGGGUGCCUCAGGCGUUGUUGUCUCUGUCGGUGGACAACUGCCGCAAAACAUUGCCCUCCGCCUCAAGCAGUCGAAUGUUCAGGUAUUGGGCACGGAUCCCGCCAAAAUUGAUUCAGCAGAGGACCGCCACAAGUUUUCACAAAUUCUCGAUUCGAUUGGCGUUGAUCAGCCAGCCUGGGUCGAGGUCACGGACGUUGAGAAAGCUAAGAAGUUCGCUAGGGACGUGUCGUAUCCCGUGCUGGUUCGCCCCAGCUAUGUGCUGUCAGGUGCUGCGAUGAAUGUUAUCUGGGAUGAAAGUACACUUGAACACAAUCUAACAGCAGCUGCCCAGGUCAAUACAGAUUAUCCUGUUGUGCUCACCAAAUUCAUACCCAAUGCACAAGAAAUUGAUGUCGACGCUGUUGCUCAUAACGGCAGACUUCUUGUCCAUGCUGUGUCCCAGCAUGUAGAGAAUGCUGGUGUGCACUCUGGCGAUGCAACUCUGGUGCUGCCACCCUUCUCGAUUCCUCAGCACGAUAUGGAACGCAUCAAAGAGAUUUCUGAGCGUGUAGCAAAGGCUUUCGAUAUCAGCGGACCUUAUAAUAUGCAAAUCAUCCGUAAGGUGGAUCCCUCAACGGAUGAGUCGGAACUCAAGGUAAUUGAAUGCAACCUGCGUGCCAGUCGCUCUUUCCCAUUCGUAAGCAAGGUCUUGGGUGUCAAUUUUAUUGACGUGGCAACAAACGCCAUUGUCGGCGAGAAUGUGCCAGAGCCCGUGGACCUUAUGGCUAAGACGUACAACCACGUCGCUAUCAAGGUGCCUCAGUUCUCAUGGACGCGUCUUGCUGGCGCAGACCCAUUCUUGGGCGUCGAGAUGGCUAGCACAGGUGAAGUCGCAUCAUUCGGUGCUGAUCUCCACGAGGCUUACUGGGCCUCGAUUGCUUCAACAACAGGUUUUCGCGUUCCGCAGCCCCACAAAGGUGUGCUCUUAGGGGGAAACAUUGAUACGCCUGAAUUCAAGACUAUUGCUACUAAGCUGUACAACCUUGGCUUUAAGCUCUUCUGUUCCAACCCAGAUGUGGAGACGUUCCUAAACAGCAUCCCUCACGUCGCAGCCAAGCGUAUCUGGUUCCCCCUUAAGGACAAGCGCAAGCUGCGCGAAGUGUUUGAUGAUUAUGAAAUUCAGUUUGUCAUCAAUUUAGCCAAAUACCGCGCCCCGAACACAACCAACGAAGACUAUGUGGCUCGCCGUAAUGCAGUUGAUUUCGGGCUACCAUUGCUCAAUGAACCUAAGACAGCGCUUUUGUUUGUCGAAACACUCGAGCGCAAAAUGCCUAAAGGAUGCCUUCUGCCGUACGAAGAAGGAAACAUUCCAUCUGAAGUUAAAGCUUGGAAUGAGUUUAUAUCGCCUGAAUAG